AUGUUCGCCAGCCCGGUGACCAGCACGCCCUUCUCCGUCAAGGACAUCCUGAGCCUGGAGCAGCACCCCAGCGCGCUGGCCUCCCUGGAGCUCUCGGCUCUGGGCUCGCCGCCCUCCUGCAUGCUGGCCGCCUUCAAGCAGGAAGCCUACCCGCCCGAGGAGGCCCCGGCCGCGGCCCCGGAGGCGCCCAAAGGCAACGGCGGCGCGUCUUUCCCCGCCGCCUUCUACGCCAAAAGCUACGCGGAAAUGGACUCGGCCAAGGAGCCCAAGGCGGACAAGAAAGAUCUGUGCGCCCUCCAGAAAUCUCUGGAGGAGGAGAAGAGGGAGGCCGAGGAUGCGGAGCGGCCCCGGCAGAGGAAGCGCCGGAAGCCACGCGUGCUCUUCUCGCAGGCCCAGGUCUACGAACUGGAGCGCCGCUUCAAGCAGCAGAAAUACCUCUCGGCCCCGGAGAGAGACCACCUGGCCAGCGUGCUGAAGCUCACCUCCACGCAGGUGAAGAUCUGGUUCCAGAACCGUCGGUACAAAUGCAAGCGCCAGAGGCAGGACCAAAGCCUGGAGAUGGUGGGCCUCCCGCCGCCGCGGAGGAUCGCCGUGCCGGUCCUGGUCCGCGACGGGAAGCCCUGCUUGGGGGAUUCCUCGCCCUACAGCUCCCCCUACAACGUCAGCCUCAACCCCUACGGCUACAACGCCUACCCGCCCUACAGCAGCUACAGCGGCGCCGCCUGCAACGCCAGCUACAGCUGCAGCUACCCUGGCGUGCAAGGCGUUCAGCCCGCGGCCGCCGGCGGCAACUUCAUGAACUUCGGCGUGGGGGACUUGAACCCCGUGCCCACCUCCAUCCCACAGGGGAACGGGGGCAUGUCCACGUUGCAUGGCAUACGUGCCUGGUAG